AUGAUUGCACUUGAAGAUAAUGAUGGAGAGGUUCAAUUGAUUGCACAAAAAAGUCUCAAAAAAUUAGGUGAAAACCCAUCAACGAAUGAGAUGAUCAGUCGAUUACUAAUUGCACAUGCGGAUGCUGAUUACCUUGUCCAGUGCAGAGCAUCCGAAAUUAUCCCGAAAUCAGAUGAAAAGGCAGCUACUAACGAGCUAAUUAGUCGAUGGUCUGGUGCACUUGAGAAUCAUGAAGAGUAUACCCCGAUGAGAACAUGCAAAGCUUUUGAAGAAUUAGGAGAAAAGGCAGUAUCGAGUGAGGUGAUUAGUGAAUUGAUAAUUGCACUUGAAGACAGUCAUGAACGCAUACGAUCGAGUGCAUGUGAAACUCUCGCUAAGUUAAGUGAAAAUGCAGCAACGAGUGAGGUAAUCAAUGCAUUGGUGAUUGCACUUGAGUAUAGUGACGAGCAUGUUCGAAAGAAUGCAUGUAACGCUCUCGGUAAAUUAGGCGAAAAAGCAGCAACGACUGAAGCGAUCACGGGACUGAUGAUUGCGCUUGCGAAUAAUGACGAAUAUGUCCGCAAGACUGCAUGUGAAGCUCUAGGAAAAAUAGAUGAAAAGGCAGCAACAGUUGACGUAAUCAGUCAGUUAGUCAUUGCACUUGAAGAUAGUGAUUGGGAUGUGCGAUUGAGUGCAUGUGAAGCUCUUGGUAAAUUAGCUCAAAAGGCACCAACAAGUGAGACGACCAGUGGAUUGCUGAUUGCACUUGAUAAUAGUGAUGAGCAUGUCCGAAAGAUUGCAUGUCAAGCUCUUGAAGAAUUAGGUGAGAAUGCAGCAACGAGUGAGGUAAUGAGUCGAUUAGUGAUUAAACAUGAGCAUAGUAAUUAUCUUGUCCAGUCGAUAGCAUUUGAAGCUCUCUCGAAACUAGAUGAAGAGGCAGCUACAAGUGAAGUGAUCAGUCGAUGGUUGAUUGCGCUUGAGGAUAAUGAAGGGUAUGUCAGGAUGAGAGCAUGUAAAGUUCUCGGAGCAUUAGGCGAAAAAGUAGCAACUAGUGAAGUUAUUAGUGGAUUGGCGAUUGCACUUGAGGACAGUGACAAGUAUGUGCGGAAAGCUGCAUGUAAAGCUCUCGGAGAGUUUGGUGAAACUGCAGUAAAAACUGAGAUAAUCAGUCAACUGGUGAGUGCACUUGGAGACAGUCAUGAAGAUGUUCGAUCUAGUGCCUGUGAAACUCUCGCACAUGAACAAUAA